AUCAUGAUGACACGCGUGCGGUCCGCGGUCUCCAGCAUCAUCGGCGGCAUCAUGGCCUCCGGUACCGGCGCGCACGACAGCCACCCGGACCUGCCGCUCCGCUUCCCGUACAGCAGGCCGGAUUUCCUCGCGCUGUCGCCGGAUGAGGUGGAGUGCUCGGCGGACCACAUCUCCAGACCCAUCCUCAUCCUCAAGGAGAUGAAGCUGCCCUGGGCCACCGGUUACGCGGAGGUGAUCAACGCUGGUAAAAGUGCUCUGAAUGAGGAUCAGGCCUGCUGUGAGGUGGUGGAGCUCAGGAAAAGACCUGCAGAUCCGUCCAGCGUCAGCUACACUCCGAGCCGGAGACGCUCUUCGCUGCCCAGCGGAGACGUGCUGGACACCAUCCACAACCCUGAGGUGAAGGAGCUGGACUUCCACUACUGGGCUCUGUUCGAUGGCCACGGCGGCUCCGGAGCUGCAGUGUUCGCUGCCAAAUUCCUGCACCUGCACAUAGAGGAGCAGCUGCAAGAGGUGCUGGAGAUCCUGCAGGACCCGGGUCUGCAGCCGCCCACGUGUCUGGGCGAGGAGAGUCCCAACCCGCAGCUGCACGCAUCUGCCAGUGGCUCCCAGCGGGGCCUGUCCAGAGCUGCAUCACUCCGGGGGGCCGCCGGGGCUCCGGGCUCCCCAAACACCAUGGCCCCGCGCUUCUUCAUGGAGAAGAAGAUCAAGCAGGAGAGUCUGGUGGUGGGAGCCAUAGAGAACGCAUUCAAAGAGAUGGAUGCUCAUAUUGCUCGAGAGAGGUGUGUGUACGCCAUCUCUGGAGGAUGCACUGCUCUCGCCGUCAUGUUUUUACUGGGGAAACUGUACGUGGCCAACGCUGGUGACAGCAGGGCUCUGAUCGUCCGCGCAGGAGAACUUAUUCCCAUGUCCAGCUCCUUCACUCCUGAAUCUGAGCGCCAAAGGCUUCAGUUCCUGGCUCACCUGCAGCCGUCUCUCCUGGGAAGCGAUUUCACACACUUGGAGUUUCCCAGAAGAGUCACGAAAAGGGAGAUUGGGAAGCGGAUGCUGUAUCGAGACUUCACCAUGAAUGGCUGGGCCUACAAGACUGUUCAGGAGGAAGAUCUGAAGUUCCCGCUCAUAUACGGAGAAGGGAAAAAGGCUCGUGUUUUAGCCACCAUCGGCAUCACUCGAGGACUUGGAGAUCACGACCUGAAGGUUCAUGACUCCGACAUCGCCAUCAAACCAUUCCUGUCCUGCUCGCCUGAGGUGCAGGUCUAUAACCUCUGUCAGUUUGAACACGGCGCUGAUGAUGUCCUGAUUCUGGCCACGGAUGGACUCUGGGACGUCUUGAGCAAUCAGGAAGUGGCAGAUGCUGUUUCUGGUUUCCUUGGAAACUGUGACCCAGAUGACCAGCACAGGUACACUAUGGCAGCUCAAGACCUGGUGAUGAAGGCCAGAGGCAUCUUAAAAGACAGAGGCUGGAGAAUUGCCGGAGAUCGUCUGGGUUCUGGUGACGACAUCUCAGUCUUCAUAAUUCCUCUAAUGUACGGCACUCAACAGCCUCAGCCAAGCUGACCAAUCCUCAGGCAGGGCGCCAUCCGAAUCGGACCGAAUCUGUCUCUAACUCAACGCUCAGUCUCUCGAACGGCGUCCUGCUGGAGUUUGAGGAACCUGCUGUGCGUUUGAGCUCAUUUACAAUACAAACACUUGCUUUUAAAAAGUCCACAACUGCUGACUUUGAAAAUCCAUGUGAAUAUUCUCGACCUCCGGUUGGGAUCGGUAUAUAAGUUAUAACUUUGCACAAUGACUCGAGGAGGGUCCGGUUCUUUGAAGUUCUCCGUGGACAGAUGCACACCCUCCGCAGUUUGUUUAUCCGCACUCAUCUGGCAGCUAGGCGGAACCAACAGUGUUUUGUUUGUCCUUUCAGGAUAUUAAUUUAUCCUCUGAAUGUUUAGUUUGCGGUUUUCCUUUUUGCAUUCCCUUAAAAAAAAAAAAAAAUCAAAGCAGUUCU